UAUUGAUCCAUUCGUCAUGCUCUAGACACUUCACAUCUUCUGCAUCAUCUCGAAAUCCUUCACUUCAGAGUCAUGCCACGAGAAGUCCUCUUCUUCGGGGCUGGCGCCAUCGGAGCCUUCUAUGGCUCGCGCGUGGCCCAGGUAUCCGGCAUCAAUGUCUCGGUAGUUUGCCGGUCCAACUACUCAGCCGUCCAGGCCGAUGGAUUCAGAAUCACCUCGCCUCAAUUCGGUGAUUACACCUGGAAACCAACGCGAGUGUUCCCCUCGCCGGAUGCGGCGCGAAAGAGCAAAGUGGCUUGGGACUACGUCGUUGUAAGCACCAAGGCCUUACCAAAUGUGUCAGACGACUCGAAGCUAUUGGAGGGACUGGUACACGACUCGACGGCGGUUGUAUUAAUCCAGAAUGGACUUGGUGUUGAAGAACCAUACGCUCGACGAUUCCCUCAAUCGACCAUCCUGUCAGCCGUCACCAUUGCCACUUGUGCUCAGCCCAGACACGGCUUUAUCAAGCAUAAUCGCUGGACGAGAAUCAACAUUGGACCGUACUUUACAGACUCAACCUCAACCUCGGCGAAAUCACGCGCGACCACACAGAACCAGACCUUUGUCGAUUUGUUACUGAACGGUGGGAUCAAGGACACCAAAUGCGACACCCAUGAGAAACUGCAAUUAGUGCGAUGGCACAAAAUCGCCAUCAACGCCGCCAUGAACCCUUCAUCGGUCCUCUCAGGCGGGGCGAACAAUCAAGAAAUGUCACUCGACCCAGAAAUGCACACACAUCUCAAGGCUCUCAUGGAUGAAGUUCUCACAACUGCACCCAAGGUAGUGGGGACCCCGUUUCCAGCCGAAUUCGCCACCUCAGACCAAUUACUCCGGUCGACGCAAAAGAACACAAGUGGUAGUAAGCCAAGUAUGGCUCAGGAUUGGGAGAGUGGAAAAGCAAUGGAGGUAGAGGUCAUUUUGGGAAAUCCAUUACGUCUUGCUCGAGAUAAGGGGUAUGAGAUGCCACGGUUACAGACUCUCUAUGCCCUGAUCAAGAUGAAGGAGCUGAAACGGGAUCAAGAAACCAAACAGCAAAAGGACAGCAAGUUAUAGAUGGCAUGCGAAGUUUAGGGAAAUAUCUGAUCUUGUCCGAAUAUCUUUGGUGGCGAUACCUGCUGGUACAGUAAAUAGAGCACACCUACUCGCCACGUCACGAU